AUGGCUCUCUCUCAACAACAUCCUAGCAAAUUGGAGCGGAUUUUCACGCAGUUUAAGCAAAUUGCGGCAGGCACCCACGUAGCGGUUCAAAUUCAAGCUCCAGAGGUCAAGAAAAAUCCUAAAGGCCAACCAUCACUCAAGAAAAAAAAUUCAACAUCAACAAAAAGAGAUCCUUCCGGCUUUGAGAUUGUUGAAAGUGAGAUCAAGACUCAACAAAGAAACUUGAAAAGAACAACUAAACCCACAGGCAACCCAGCAAGACAAUUGAAACGGCUCCGAAAAUCAAACAGUCCGGAUCAUGAGGACAACAAUGAAACUGAACCAACUGCAGACCUAGCCAAACAACCUGAAGAAACCCAAUUUGAGCCUUCAAAAGGUGAACAAAAAAUUGAAAAUCAAGAUAGUGAUGCCGGGCAAUCUCUGGAUGAAAUCAAUAAUAACACUCUGUUGGCUUUGUUGGAUGAAAAGCUGGCAAGUGUUCCAAAACAUCUACAACAUCUGGUAAAGGACCAAUUCGACCCAGAAGGCAAUGGGAACUGUGGCUUCCGUUGUGUUGCAAGAGCACUUGGUUACGACAAUAAUGUAUUCAUGCGGGUCCGGCAGGAGAUGAUCACCGAUUUAACAGAUAACCGAGCAAGUUACGUCAAAUUGCAGGGCAGCUAA